UGUUCAUUCAGUUGAGCAGUGUCGUGGACGAGUGUGCACGGCCGCGCGCUUGUCGACUCUGAGGUCAUUAUUCGCCGACACACUGUUUGAGGGUCAUACGCGGCUCACCAUUCCGAAUCUGCCUCAACUACAGCACAUAUUACAUAACGUCGCGUCAGCAUGGCAGCCUCGGUGGAUUACUCUAAGGUGCCGUUCAAUGAGAAGCCGCUGUACACCCCGCCAUUGGAGGAAAUAGUUGACGUUUUGUCUCGGCGUCUCCCCGCCACCUUCGAGCACGUGGAGGUGUCUGCGGAGGAUUGCCCGGACCUCACUCAGCAACCCUUCAACCUCAGUGCACCAGGGCUGGCGGGCGACGCCAAGCUGGUGGAGCUGGGCGGGCCGCCGUACCUGUUGCCGCGCGUGCGGCGCGACCGGCUCUACGACCUGGCCGCGCUGCUGCGCCACCUGCGCCGCGACCCCGCGCUGCUGGCCGGCGCGGGCGCGGGCCCGUGGCCGCACGCCGGCGUCAACUGCGAGGGCAUAAUCAACUUGUACGUGAACGAGGGCCAGGUGACCCAGGGCUCGCGCAUCGUGACCGUGGAGCCGGUGGGCGCGCCCAAGGGCAGCGGGGGCUACCUGCAGCGACAGCUGCCCAGCAACGAGACCCGGACUGCGCUGCUCGGGAACUACCUGCUCUCCGAGGGCAAGCCUGGCAAGGUUAUUAAAGUAGUUGCGAAAAAGAGGAUUGGCGAAUCGAACUUCAUCACUGCCAUCAGGGAGGCCCUUAAAGAGCAUUACGGUGAUAAAGUAGUCGGGCUGGGCGGCGCGUUCGUGCUCCGCGCGGGGCGCGUCAAGCACCACGUGAUGCCGGACUUCAGCGCGACGCCCGUGCGCACGGACGCGGAGGUGGACGCGUGGCUGCACUACUUCGACAUGCGCGCGCCCAUCACGCACGUGGGCACGCUCGUCAGCGGCGACCUGGGCCUGGACCUGCGCGUGCAGCACUUCCACGGGUUCAGCCAGCACGGCGACGGCGGCCACUACCACUACGACACCACGCCCGGCGAGGUGCACUACGAGGGCUACUUCGCGCUGGCCGACUCCGUCGUGCGCGUCGACGCGCCCGCAGAGACGCACGCCGUCGGCCGGGACUGACGCACGCACGCACCAGCCUUACGGGAAAAACACUUUACGAGCCUAAAAAUGUACAGUGUAAUAAAAACAAUAUAUAUAUUUAUUUAUAUACAGGGUUAAAUAAAAGUACCAGAAAGCUCACAGCCUGUAGUUGUUUACUAAAGAAUUGUGGAACAAAAGGUUCUAUUAUACUAACAACUUUUGUUCUAUAAUUUUUUUAACUAUAUAGUUUGUGAUAUAUUAAACAUUGAAUACAUAGGUACUACUUGUUUUUACUGUGAUGUAAACCACCAACAGCGCGGGAACCACGACUCUAUCGCGCGGUCGCUGAAUCGCUCGCUAAUGUGGCAGAAAUAAGUAUAUUUAAUUGCAAGUACCAUUCUGUAUACUUAUAACUAUUUUUAUAAAUAGUGAUCGUUAAUUCCUUACUUGGACCUUUUCAUUAUUUUCAAUGAAAUUGUUGUACAGAAGCAUCCACAAGACUGCGACACGGAUUCAAUCUAGAAAAAAAAUCUCGGGCCUCACUAGUUUAAGAAACCGUUAUUUUAACUAGUUGUGUUGCAUUUAAGUUUUGCUAUUCUAUUCCAU